AACCAUAUUCGAUUUCCUGAUCGUUGUUGUUAUUGUUAAAAAAAUUAUAAAAAAAACCUAAAAUCAUCUUACUAUACAGAUUUCAUUCGAUUUUUUAAACUAUUUAAACAAAGGGAAAAAGAAAACAACACAAUGGGUAAAAAACAGCAUCAGAAAGAUAAAAUGUAUCUGACCUACACUGAGUGGUCGGAAUUCUAUGGAGGACACAAGCCAGACUCGGUUGAAAAUGAACAAGUCAAAUUUAAACGACUUCCAUUUGACCACUGCUUUUUGUCAAUGGUUCCAUACGAGCAUCCUUACUGUGACAAGGACGGGAAUAUUUUCGAACUUUCUGCGAUAGUUGAUUUCAUUAAGCAUUUCAAGGUAAAUCCGGUAACAGGGUCACCUUUAGAUGGUAAAUCGUUGACAAAGCUCAAUUUUACUAAAAAUCAUGAAGGACAAUAUCACUGUCCGACACUAUUUAAGCCGUUUACAAAAAACUCUCACAUUGUCGCUAACGGAAAGACUGGAAACGUCUUUUCGUUUGAAGCUAUCGAACAGCUUAAUGUGAAAACCAAAAACUGGAAAGAUUUACUGGAUGAUACCCCUUUCACUAGAAAAGACCUAAUUACAAUUCAGGACCCAAGUAAUUUGGAAAAAUUUAACAUUACGACUUACCACCACAUAAAAAAUAAGUUAAAAGUUUUAUCAGAAGAAGAGCUAGCCGAAAGAAAAGAUCCACAAGGAAGGCUAAAAACAGUUUCUAUGGAAACGCGAGAUAUUUUAACACAGCUGGAAAAAGAUUACAAGGCACCUGAGGAGAAAUCAGAGGAUCACAAAGUGGCUGAUAAGUUCAAUGCUGCCCAUUAUUCGACAGGAGCUGUAGCCGCUGCUUUUACUUCUACAUCAAUGGUUCCAGUAUUAAAUCACGAGGCUGCCAUCAUUGAAGAAGAUGUUAUCCGAUACGAGCGGGUUCGAAAGAAGGGCUAUGUCAGACUGUUGACUAACUUUGGGGCGUUGAAUUUGGAGCUUUACUGCGAUCAAGUCCCAAAGACUUGCGAGAACUUCUUAAAGCACUGUCAAAACGGGUACUAUAAUGGAUGUAUUUUCCAUCGUUCGAUCCGAAAUUUCAUGAUUCAAGGCGGUGAUCCUACGGGAGUUGGUAACGGAGGAACUUCUGUCUGGGGUAAAAAGUUUUCUGACGAAAUUAAACCAAAUUUAACACAUUCCGGUAGGGGUAUACUGUCAAUGGCUAAUUCUGGACCGAAUACCAAUGGAUCGCAGUUCUUCAUAACUUACCGUUCUUGCCGCCACCUGGACGGCAAGCACACAGUCUUUGGUAAACUAGUUGGCGGCCUAGAAGUGUUAACGGAAAUGGAGCGCGUGGAGGUGGAUAAUCGGGAUCGGCCUAUUGAAAAUAUUUUCGUACAACGUGUGCAGGUUUUUGUUGAUCCGUUCCAAGAAGCAGAUGAGCAGUUGGCAAAUGCACGGGCUGAAGAACUAGAACGUAUUCAACGGGAAGCUCAAGAGAAACAAGUAAAAACGUCUAAAACGCAGCCACUAAAAGUUUUUCGCUCGGGAGUGGGUAAAUAUUUGGAUAAAAAUAUCACGAAAAGGAUUGCAGACCCAGACACUUCACACAAUGAAGCGAACUUGGCAACUUCAGAGAAAAAACGUAAAAAAGAACAAAAAAUCAAACAACUUGGAAAUUUUAGUUCGUGGUAAAUAUUAUAUAUAUUUCAAUUACAAACUGGA